AAAAAAACGAUAAGCUUCACAUCAGAAGCACCCUAACUCACAUUUCAGCAGAAAAAAUUCAACUCCAAAAUGCAAUUAGCGAUGGGAGGUGCAACUGCAAAGACGCUUCUCACCAUUUCUCUCUCCUCGCACCUCUCUUCCUUAUCCCGUUUCUCGGCAGCCAAACGCUUCUCUCUCCUCAGACCGCCAAAACCCACGAGGAUUUAUCCGGGGUUUCGGCCUCUCCGCACUUCCGCAACCACAACCGAAACCGAAACCGUCGACACCGAUGACACAAUUCAGCCGCUGAAGCACUCAAUCCUUCUCGAACGGCUGAGGCUGAGGCACCUCAAGGACUCUGCAAAACCCCAAGAAACCAAAACCUCAACAAAGAAGAAUUCGGAUGAGAAUGUUGGGUUGGAGAAGUUAAAGGAAAGUGGUUAUGGUGAUAAGAAGAAGCAGAAAGUGGUUGGGAGUUUUGAGGAAUUGGGUCUGAGUGAUGAGGUUAUGGGAGCUGUUAGAGAGAUGGGAAUUGAGGUUCCUACUGAGAUUCAGAGCAUUGGGAUUCCCGCUGUUUUGGAAGGGAAGAGUGUUGUGUUGGGUUCUCACACUGGGUCUGGCAAAACUCUAGCUUACAUGCUGCCUCUUGUUCAGUUGAUGAGACAGGAUGAGGCAAUGUUUGGUAUGCUAAUGAAGCCAAGGCGUCCCCGAGCUGUUGUGCUGUGCCCCACAAGGGAGCUCUCUGAGCAGGUGUUCCGAGUUGCCAAGUCCAUCAGCCAUCACGCACGGUUCAGGUCUACUAUGGUAAGUGGUGGUGGCCGAUUAAGACCGCAGGAAGAUUCGCUGAAUGGUGCAAUCGAUAUGGUGGUUGGAACCCCUGGCAGGAUUCUUCAACAUAUUCAGGAUGGGAACAUUGUUUAUGGUGACAUAAAAUAUGUGGUGUUGGAUGAAGCAGAUACUAUGUUUGAUCAUGGUUUUGGACCUGACAUUCGUAAGUUUCUUGGCCCAUUGAAAAAUCGUGCAUCAAAACCCGAUGGGCAAGGAUUCCAAACAGUUUUGGUCGCUGCAACGAUGACAAAGGCAGUGCAAAAUCUAAUUGAUGAGGAGUUCCAAGGGAUUGUACAUUUGCGGACAUCAACAUUGCAUAAAAAAGUUGCAUCUGCUCGUCAUGAUUUCAUUAAACUUUCAGGCUCUGAAAACAAGCUGGAAGCAUUACUACAGGUUUUAGAGCCUAGUUUGGCAAAAGGAAACAAAGUAAUGGUAUUCUGUAACACACUUAAUUCCAGUCGUGCUGUCGACCACUUUCUCAGUGAAAAUCAGACAUCGACUGUCAAUUAUCAUGGCGAGGUGCCAGCAGAACAAAGGGUUGAAAACCUCAAAAAGUUUAAGACUGAGGAUGGAGAUUGCCCCACACUGGUCUGCUCAGACUUGGCUGCAAGGGGGUUGGACUUGGAUGUAGAUCACGUCAUCAUGUUUGAUUUUCCAUUGAACUCUAUUGACUACCUUCACCGUACUGGAAGAACUGCUCGUAUGGGUGCAAAAGGGAAAGUGACAAGUUUGGUUGCUAAGAAGGACGUUGCUUUAGCCACCCGAAUUGAGGAGGCGAUGAGGAAAAAUGAAAGUUUGGAAUCUCUAUCUGUAAAUAGUGUGCGGCGGGACAUUGCCAGGGCCCGAAUAACUGAGCAGAAGGGGAAAAAUGAAAAAUUAAUUAAAGUUGCAAAGCAGAGAAGCAGAGAUUCAGCAAAAUCAUAUCAGGAUCAAGGAGUGAAAUCCAAAAAGGCAUCUGGUCCAGCUAAAUUUGCAAAGGCAAGCGUUAAGGUAUCGAAAACAGUAAAGCUCUCCGGUGCAAGUAGCUCAAGAAAAUCUUCUUCGAGUGCAAGGAAGCAAGUAGUGAACAAAGGAUCCAGUGCGGCAAAAUCAACUUCUUCAAAAUUAAACGUUGUCGGGUUUAGGGGGCGGAAUUCUUGGUCAAAUAAGAAAGAACCAGCAAUGGCCAGAUGAUUGUAGGUGAGUUUUGGCUUAGUUUAUGAUUGAUUGCUUAUCAAAUUUGCAGUUACCAUGUAAGUUUGGCAUCCAAAAUUAUCUUUGUAAUAUUCAUACAAAAUUUUCCCUGCAUCAAAUUUUAGUGAUAUUCAUUCACUUGGUGGGUUCUGAAUACAAAUAUUCAAACGAAAUAUGUUGCUAUUCACCAGUUCAUCCAUUGAGACCUCUGAGAAGGAUAUGUCUCAAGAAAAUCCGAGGACGAUAACAAUGUGUCGAUAGAGUAGUAACAACAAGAACAAAUUUGAUAUAUACCUAUCCAUAUGUAUAAUAUAUAAUAUAUAUAAAACUGAAACUGGCUUU